GGAAUCAAGUGCACCUCAGGCUUGACAAGCAGCUCAGGAAAACACGGCUGCUGCCUGCCGACAGGACGGAACCAGGCAGGGGCGACUGGGCUGCUUCUGAGCAUGGUCGUGGGUUCCUGCCGACUUGCUCUAAAGAUCAAGCAUUUUGCCAUCUAUUUCCUAUGAUGGCCAGAGUUUCCUGUGCUAAGAGAGAUUGUCAAAGAAGACCUCAAAGUCUGGAGAAAAAUGACCUUUCAAGGAAUACGAAGUCUAUGUCCUGCUACAUGUUUUUGUCUCACUAACCUCUGGUGACGGAGACACAUGGUCCUGGGCCUGCAGACAGUCCAUUGAUUAUCAGACUCCUCAGCAUGCAUCAACUCUUCAGACUGGUCUUGGGACAAAAAGAUCUUUCACGAGCUGGCGACCUCUUCUCCUUAGAUGACUCUGAGAUUGAAGGCAGCCUGACAGAAGCCUUGGAGCAAAUUAAAAUCAUCAGCUCAUCUUCAGAUUACCAAACCAAUAACAAUGACCAAGCAGUGGUUGAAAUCUGUAUCACACGAAUCACAACAGCCAUCAGAGAAACAGAGUCGAUUGAAAAGCACGCAAAGGCCCUUGUGGGGCUCUGGGACUCCUGCCUGGAACACAACCUGAGACCGUCUGGGAAAGACGAAGACACUCCCCACGCAAAAAUCGCGUCUGAUAUCAUGAGUUGCAUUUUACAGAAUUACAACCGGCCCCCUGUGAUGGCAUUAGCCAUCCCCAUUGCAGUGAAAUUCCUCCACAGAGGCAACAAGGAACUGUGCAGGAAUAUGUCCAACUACCUGUCCCUGGCUGCAAUUACCAAGGCAGACCUCCUGGCCGAUCACACAGAGGUUAUAGUAAAGAGCAUACUCCAAGGUAAUGCCAUGUUGUUGAGGGUGUUACCUGCUGUGUACGAUAAGCAGCCUCAGCCCAUUAACAGACACCUGACAGAACUCCUAGCCUUGAUGUCUCAGCUGGAACAACCAGAACAGUACCAUCUUUUACGGCUUUUGCAUGUAGCUGCAAAGAGGAAGCAACCGGAGGUGGUUCAGAAGUGUAUUCCUUUCCUAAUCGGGCAUUUGAAGGAUUCGACCCAUAACGACAUCAUCCUAAGCAUCCUCAUAGAGAUAGCAGGCUACGAGCCAGUGGCUUUGAACAGUUUUCUUCCAAUGCUGAAAGAGAUUGCUGAGAGAUUCCCUUACCUCAUUGGACAAAUGGCAAGAAUCUAUGGAGCUGUUGGGCAUGUGGAUGAAGAGAGAGCCAGGAGCUGCUUGCCAUUCCUGGUGAGUCAGCUGGCCAGCAUGGAGCACUCGUUUCACCAUAUUCUCCUGCUGGAGAUUAAGAGCAUCACGGACACCUUCUCCUCCAUCCUGGGCCCUCAGAGCAGAGACAUCUUCCGCAUGAGCAACAGCUUCACUGCCAUUGCCAAGCUCCUUACGCGACAGCUGGAAACCACCAAGGCCAGAAGCGACAGGAGAAAACCCAGCACUGAAAUCGAAUUUCUUGAGAAGCUGGAAGAAGUCAACCUCACUGUUGAUGAAAAUGAAGACCAUGAAAAGCUCCAAGUUAAAAUACAGGCUUUUGAAGACAAAAUAAAUGCUGAGGGCAGUACCCCUGGCUCAAUCAGAAGAUAUAGUUUGGACCAAAUUUCUAAGGAAGAAAGAAAAGACAUUAGAUUUAAUAGGUCAAAGAGUUUGGCUUUGCACACCGCGCUAACGAAUGACUUGAGUUCAGAGGAUGGGGAAGUUGUAGAGAGUGGAGAUACGCGAGCCAGCAUCUCUCUUUCAGAAAUAGACCCACUUGGCCAAGGACAUGACAGGUCGCCCUUUAAGGGAGACACUGAUGGAUCACAACUGAUAAAUUCUUCAGUUUCACACCCAAGUAUUAUACAUAUAGAAUCUGAGAAUUUGCCAGAAACAGUUAAAGAAAACUAUCAGGAAGAAACUCCAGAUACAACCUCAAGGCCUGUAGAAUACCAUGAUAAGCUCUACUUGCACUUAAAGGAAAACCUCAGUAAAGUGAAAGCAUAUGCUGUGGAAAUGGGAAAGAAGAUUCCAGUCCCUGACCAGUGUACCAUUGAAGGUAAGUGACCUGAAUUCACCAAACUUAAGAAA